CGGAACCAGCGGAACGCACCUGGGGUGCGGAGUGCAGACCGGACGGCCUCCCGCAGGACCGAGCGCUUCCGUUUGUCCUCGAAGGACUGCAAGAAACUGUCUUCAAUGGCUUCAUUGGUGGCUUAUGAUGACUCGGAGUCAGAGGCUGAGACUGAGUCCGUGGGAAGUAUUCAUGCUGUCAGCCAGAUGAAAGACACCUCUGAUGUGGUCAAACCUCCUGGGCAGGAUUUUGCAUCUGAAGCCCCAGGUGUGACGGAAGGGGUAACAGUGCCCACAAAGCAUGGUUCUUGUGAAGACCCUGCUGGCCAUUGUCUCCCACUGGUUCGGCUCUGGAGAAGUGACCCAGGAUCUUGUCCUAGCCAGAGGCUACAGUGGCCCAGGACGGAGCCUGAUGUCACCUUCCCCACAGAUAAGCCUCCUCGACCUUCCCUGUGGACCAGCCACGCUCCAGCUGGCCAUGUGCCCCUGACAGCUGCCCGCUUUAGGCAGGUGAAACUCUCCUGGGGAACUUACAACUCCCCUGAACCAUCCUUCUGUGCCCAAACCAAAUCUGAAACCCCAGAUAAAAAUGGCAACUCCCUUCAGAGGAAAAGGUGUGAGGACUGUAUCGUGCCCUACACCCCGAAAAGACUACGACAGUCACAGGCAUUAAGCACAGAAACUGGCAAGAAUAAAGAUGUGGAGGCCCAGGGUCCAUCUGCAGGGCGUGCCCCGGCCCCUCUCUGUGUGGCCCCCAGAGUUUCUGAGUUUAUUCAGCCAUAUUUGGACAGUCAGUAUAAAGAAACCACAAUUCCCAGAAAAGUGCUCUUCCACCUGAGAAGCCAUAGGGGCCCUGUCAACAGCAUUCAGUGGUGUCCAGUCUUUGCUAAGAGCCACAUGCUUCUCUCAGUUUCCAUGGACAAAACCUUCAAGGUGCUGCUGAUAGUAUCCACCUUCCUGGACAUCAUCUCGUUUCCACGUCACGUUAGAAGAGUGGCAGUGUGCUUGGAGGAGGAAACUGAGGCGUGACCACAUGUUAUGCACGUGAGAGCUGGGUCCUGGGGUU